GCAUUAUCAUUACAGCGCCACAAAACUUUGUUUUACAAGCUCAGUGAUCAUCAAAUAGCAUACAUUUGCCGAUAAAGUAAAGCAUCAAGGCAACAAUUAUGUUCUGGUCGACUUCGAAACUCGAACAUUAUCUUAAAAUCUACGUUAAACAAAGUAAUUACUAACGGACAGUCCAUAUGAACGUUUGCGGGCGCGGAUACUGAUAUUUUUAAUUUGUAACAAUUGACAACAACAACGCAAUUUCGAAUAACCGAACAGCUGUUUGGUUGAAUUUCUAUUGUUACACGUCGAUCAUGUGGCCGUGUGGUUUGGGGAAGGAAAUGUUUUUGUUGAGCAUGGGUUCAAUUUAUUUGUUUGCGUUUGCAUCACUUUACAUGCAGAUACCAGGCUUGUUUGGUGACAAUGGAUUACUGCCUGUUAGGAACAUCCUAAGAAGAGAUAACAAAGCUUCUUUGAUGGAAGACAUACGUCGUAGACCGACCCUUUUAUGGUUUAUCGAUGAUCUUGGUCUUACAGCCCAAACGGGAAUGAGUUUGUUGUGCAUUAUUGGUGUUUAUCUUAGUGUAAUGUGUAUUGUCAGCAAAGGAUGGCGGAGUAUUUUCUCGUUUUCGUUUAUGUGGAUCUUAUAUUUUUCCCUCUAUCAAGUUGGUCAAACAUUUCUUUGGUUUCAAUGGGAUAUACUGCUUCUUGAAGCUGGUUUUUUGUGUAUUAUAGUAUCACUGUCCAAAAAUUCAAGAAAUUCGGCAGGUUCUCCAAAUGAUUUAAUUUCACUUUGGCUUGUCAAGUGGUUAUUAUUCCGUCUAAUGUUUGCCUCCGGUGUUGUUAAAUUGACCAGUGGCUGUCCAACAUGGUGGGAACUUACUGCUUUGAACUGGCACUACGAGUCUCAGUGUAUCCCUACUCCUCUUGCGUGGUUUGCACAUCAUUUGCCCUCCUGGUUUCAAAGAUUUAGUGUUAUGAUGACGUUUGUCAUAGAAAUACCGAUCCCAUUCUUAUUCUUUUCACCGAUAAGAUCCCUACGAAUGUUUGCUUUUUAUUUGCAGGUGACGUUCCAGUUGCUGAUAAUUGCCACAGGAAAUUAUAAUUUCUUUAAUUUGCUCACCAUCGCUCUGUGCUUGUCACUUCUUCAUGACAAUGGUCUACCGUUUACUGGCAUAUUGUCUUGUGAACUUAAAAGAAGAUGUCGCGUUUUUAAUGUUAUUGUUAAUACCAUCAGGAAGUUGAUUGUACUGGUUGUUGCAUUUGUCUUCGUUUAUUGGAUCCAGCAUUUAUUUUUAGUGGAAUUUGAUAGCAAAAAUAUUAUCAUCACAAAAAUAGGCCAGGAAAGUUUGUUUCAGUUCAUUCUCAUCCAAACACUUGGCGUUUUCUUUUUAGGUUUUACAUAUUCCCAGUUUGUUGUUGCUCUGAAGACUAUUGUUCCAUUUUCUAUUUGGGUUGGAGCACUGUCUCUUGGUUUUGUCAUUUUUCAAAGUUUGUUGAGAUGUUGUCAGCAAGAGCAAGUUUUGGACAAAAUUUUUUCUCUUGUUUUAUGUUGUGUGAAAGCUGGCGUAGCCAUUUGGUUGUUUAGUAUCAGUUUGGUUCCGUAUUCAGCUCUUGAUGAAGAUACACAACAUAAUGUUUGGCCUGUUGUUAGAAAAUGGCACAGCCAAAUUGAUCAGUUUCAUAUUGUAAACUCAUACGGUCUUUUUAGAAGAAUGACGGGCGUUGGUGGAAGGCCUGAAAUAGGUAUUGAAGGAAGUGAUUCUCUUGAUGGUCCAUGGCAGGAGUACAAUUUCAAAUACAAACCUGGAGAUGUGAACAAUUUGCCGCCAUUUUUACUUCCCCACCAGCCUAGACUAGAUUGGCAAAUGUGGUUUGCAGCUCUUGGUAGCUAUCACCACAAUCCUUGGUUUGUUCAUCUUGCCUACAGACUACUAUCUGGUGAACGCGCUGUUCUGGAUUUAAUGGCUAAGAACCAAACAUUGAAAAAGCCCCCUCGUUAUGUUCGAGCAAUUCUUUACAAAUAUCAUUACACAAAAGUUUCUUGUAAUUCUUUGAUUGAAUUCGUUCGAAAAGCAAGGAAGGUAAAAUCAUUUUGGUGGCGAGAAUAUUCUGGGGAAUAUCUUCCUCCAUUGUCUAAAUCUGAACCGAGUAUGCUUCAAUUUCUGAAUCAUUAUGGCUUAGGACCUAGCAAAGACGGCGUUACAAUUUCAAGAACUGGCUACCUCCACCAUACUUUGCUAUUUAUACGAUCUUAUCUUCGUGCUUCAGAUGCAUGGAUUCUACUCGGCUCCUUGUUUUUUCUUGCAUUUGCAUUUAGUGAUAGUUAUAUAUGUCACUUUAAAGGUGGACGUUAUAUUUUUUAUAAAGUUCAUUUACCAUAAUCUGUGCAACCUGCAUGUAGGUCUUCGUAAUGUUAAUAUCUUGUUUACUAUUUUUUUCCAUUCAUUCUUAAAAGCUCGCAGGUCGUAUGUCCACUCUUUCAUUACUUUCUGGUUUUGAAUCUUGUUUAUAAACAUGAAAAUGAUGCUAUGUUUAACGUUGGAACCUCGGAAACAUUGUUAUUUGUAUAAACCUCGAUAAGUUUGGAAAGUGUGUUUUGAAAUAAUCAUCUCCAGGCACUUUUACUGGUUUGUACAAUGUAAUAAAAUGAUUUUUAAAGGAUGGGAAUUUUUGAUACACAAAACUAGAGAAACGCAUCACAGCAAAACUUAACAUACGGACUACCAUUAUUAUAAUCUCUUGGAUAUAAUGCAAAGUGUAUUUAAACAUUUUAAAGAAGUAAUCCUGAUUUCCCUUCAGUAUCAUAUAACAAGAUUAAAUAGAUAGUAUGCCUGAACAGCACAAUGAAUUAUUGUGGACUGAGGCAAAUAUAAAUAUCAAGGAUGUAACUGGAAAUGAGUAAUUCGUAUCCACAUUCUCCACUUUUUGUAAAACUACAGUAAUUUCUAUAGCAUUUUAUAAGAAUUCUCGAAGGAGUUUGAAAAGGAGUGAGCUGCAAUAUUUAUGUCCCAGGCAAAUGCAAUUUUAAAUGAACUGAACACUCUAAUUACAUGGACUGGAUGUUAUAAUAAUAACUAGAAUUGCAUUUUGUAAUCUUGGACAGUUCAAGACUGGUGAGGUAUCUGAAGUAAAAAGACUCUCUUUCCAAGCAAAUGUAACAGAACAUGCACUUAAUAGAUCACACCCACUAGCUAAGGUACAAAAAGGCAUUUAGUAUUUAGGCCUCGAUGACUAUUUUGUGAAUAUUUUUCAUUAUUAAUAAAUUAAUGUGUGAGCUGAAUGUCAGCUUCCAUGUGCUGCAAAGUAA